CGACGGACCGACGAACCUCCACGUGGCUCGUGAAAGCCUAACUUUCACAGCCUCCGCUUCUUUCGCUUCCUCCAGAAACCCCACCGUCCCUUCCUCCCCACAGUUCAACCUUCAAAACGUCGUCAGAAAAUGCGCCGGUUCAGCUCUUUCAAACCCUUCGUCGCCGCCGUCGGCCACCGCUCCCACUCCAGCGCCGUGAAAUCCGCCGGGCCCCUCGCCUCCCUCCUUAAAUCUCGAUCUGUAAUCCGCUUCUCCGGCCCCGACACCAUCAAAUUCCUUCAAGGUCUGCUCACCAACGAUGUCCGGAAAUUCGGUGAGCCGCCGCACGAGCGGACUUCGACCGUCCCCACUCCGAACAUGCCCUCCGUCUCCGAGCCGCCGAUGUACGCCGCGCUGCUGACUCCCCAGGGCCGGUUUCUGUACGAUUUCUUUCUCUACAGGCACGCAAAGGAGGCUGAGAAGCUUGACCCGACGGGUUCGGGUCCCGGGUCGGGAUCCACUGAGUCGACCGAAUUGUUCGCCGAUGUAGAUGCUUCCGAUCUUGAUGAGCUCUUGCAAACAUUGAAAAGGUACCGGCUAAGGUCUAAGGUUGAGAUUGAGAAUGUAGGGGAAGACUUUCAGUGCUGGCAGCGAUUCGGGGGUGAUGUCGGCGAGAAAUCUAGUGUAGUAGAAGAUCCAGGGACAGCAAGUCUUGGAUGGGGAUCUGGUGUUGAUCUUGCUGGUAUUUCAGCUUCACAUGGAAGUGAUGGUGGAUGGCAGUGGUUCAAGGAUCCUAGACUGGAUUGCCUUGGUUUGAGAGGGAUCUUCCCAACUAAUACAGUCCCACCAUUGGUUGAAGCUGAUAAGGAAACAAAUGAGGAAAACUACUUACUAUGGAGAAUCGAGAAUGGAAUCGCAGAAGGCUCAUCCGAGAUACCCAAAGGCGAGGCGAUUCCGCUUGAGUUCAACCUCGUGGGAUUAAAUGCAAUAAGCUUUGAUAAAGGUUGCUAUGUGGGUCAGGAACUUGUGGCCAGGACACACCACAGAGGGGUGAUUCGUAAACGCUUGGUUCCUUUGAAGUUCGUUAAUGACGAUGGAAAAGAGGUGGAACAGCGAGUUUCUGCUGGUUCUCAAGUGAUGGACGCCGGGUCAGGCAAAAAGAUAGGAUCCGUGACGACAGCAAUUGGCAGCCGAGGGCUCGGUCUAUUAAGAUUGGAUGAUGCAUUCAAAGGAUCAGGUUCUUUGGCCGUAGAGGGUCAAAACGAUGUGAAGGUCGAAGCUUUUAGACCGAAAUGGUGGCCUCAUGAAUGGGUUCCAGAGCAUUAUCAACAGAGUGCAGUAGCUUAGAAUGGUAACAUAUAAGAUGUAGAGUAGUAAACUCCUCUGCCUCUCCUGUUUUAUGAACUCUCUAGGAAUCUUUAUACUGCUCUGCCACUUUACUGGCAGGUCCGGAAACUUGUUUUGCAUUCCUUUGUUUACAUGGAAAUAAAGUUGGCGCAUAGCUUAGCCAAGAAUUGUUGUACUUAAACUCUAUUCUCGUUGUUUUCUUUCACCAAGAAUCUAGAAGCUUUAUAGAAGUUUAUAUCAUAUCAUGUUUUUACUUUUUGUUACAACAGCAAACCCUAUCUUUUGUAUGGCCAAGCGAUGUAUUUGUACGAAAAACGGAAUUGUGUGC